GUUUCGAUUCACCGAAGACAAUGGUAGUGUUGUUAUCCGUCGCUUGGAAUCUCCGUGAAAGGUUCGAUACAUUUAACUCCGGCGAAUCAAUCAAAACCUCGAUCUGACCAAUUUUGUCGAAAUUUAAAGCUUCUUCGAUUCUGCUUACUCUAACACACGACCAGUGGGUGUUUUCGCAGCUUUCAGGAUCUUCACCCGAUUCCAGAGUCAAAAUCGAGUGUGUGUAAAAAUGGAAGAUAGCGAGAAUUCAAAGAAGAGAAUAGUGUUUGUGACUGUAGGAACAACGAGUUUCGAUGCUCUUGUGAAAGCAGUCGUGAGUGAACAUGUUAAAGACGAGUUGCUCAAAAGAGGAUACACUCAUCUUCUCAUUCAGAUGGGUCGUGGUAUCUUUUUCCCAACUAAGUGUGAGGGAGCGGAUGGAUCAUUAGUUGUGGAUUACUUCACAUUUUCCUCGAGUAUCGCAGAUCAUAUUCGAUCUGCAUCUCUUGUUAUUAGUCACGCUGGAUCUGGAAGUAUAUUUGAGACACUAAAGCUAGGGAAACCACUGAUUGUGGUUGUGAACGAAGAUCUGAUGGACAAUCAUCAAUGUGAAUUAGCUGAAGCACUUGAAGAGAGGAAGCACUUGUACUACACUCGUCCCCACACUCUUCAUCAAACCUUAACGAAAAUGGAAUUGGAGUCUCUUGUUCGAUAUACUCCAGGAGACGGAACCCCUGUUGCUCGUAUUAUCGACAGAUUCCUCGGAUUCCCUGAUGAUUGAGCUGACAUAUGAAAACAAGUUUUUUUAUUUCCAGAUUCAACUGAAUAUGCUUAACUUAACUGGUGUGACAGAUUCAAUUUCAUUAUAGCAAAGCUUUUACUGAUAUUUAAGAGGAUAAACAGUUUGUUUCAAUGGGUAUGUAUCAUUCUAAAAACAUCCUUUUUUUUGGUCAA